AUGGUCGGCCCAGCAGUCGAGAUUGCAGCUCGGGUGGGCGCCAGCUGCGCGGCCAACGAUGGCGGCUCCUUUUACGUCUGCGAGGGCAAAGAGGUCGAGUUCAUCGGGUGCUGCACCGUCGACCCGUGCAAAACAUCCAACGGAAACUGCCCCCGCGAGAGUCUCAGAAACACCACCUACAGCGUCACCGCCCACGACCUGAUCCCUCCGCAAUUGUGUGUCAGUAGCGAUGCCAACGACCAGUGGUGGACCUGCGGCUUCGUCAAGCCCCCCUUCAUGGGCUGCUGCGGCAUCAAUGUCUGCCAGAACGAAGGAUGUCCGGCGGACAAGCUGACCAGUGCCAAACUGAACCCCGACUUCGAGAAAUCCAAGAUCUUCCGGACCGAGGACUCCAACAGCAACAAGCUCUCCAAGGGUGCGAUCGCGGGUAUCGUAGUCGGUGCCGUGGUAGGGGGAAUCCUCAUCAUCGCCCUCCUCUUCUUCUUCUGGAAGCGACGACAAGCGAAGAAGAACGCCGAACAACAAGCACAGCCUCGGGGACCCGGAAACCAGCAGGAGAUGUCCUUCCACAACAAUGGACAAGCCCACAUCAUGGAGUCGCCGCACAACAAGCUCGUGUCACCUUACACGUCCACCUACGCGCCGUCGGUGGCUAACACGCACCAGGACUACAUGUACCAGCCCAGCUCGCCUUCGCCGCAGAUGCCGACGACGCAAUGGGGCGACAAUGGAUACCACCACCACAACCAGCAGCGUGGCUACGUGCCCAGCAUGGUCUCGAGCAACGACCACGGCGACGGAUGGAACAAGCCGCCGCAGCCGUAUAUGGCACAGGAGCUUCCCUCCGAGGACGUUGUCGUCGAGCUGCCGGAGGACACAGCCCCAGCACCCGCUCAACAGGGUGACAGGAAGUAG